AUGAUAUUCUCCUAUUUAAAUAUUUCCAUCAGUUUAGUUAUUUUAUUAAAAAUAACAUCAAUAGAUGGUUUGGCGACUAGUUGUCAGAAAAAUCGAUUUAUUGAUUAUAAUCAAUUGAUAGAAACAACUUGUCUAAUAAACGAUUGUAUACGCUUAUACAUUUGUUCCGAUACUUUACCAUGUAAAUGUAAACGUGAUUUUGUUGUUCAAUAUAAUGUCAGUAUUGAACAUGACGAUGAUCAAGAUGAUGAACAUGAUGAUGAAACUGAUGCACAAAGGUUCCUUCAUUUCGGUGUUAUUACACAAGCACCAGUUGGUCAUAAUCGAACAAUAAUUAUUGGUGAAACUUAUCGAUGUUUUUAUGAUGAACGUGAUGUAACAACUGUUUUUUGGAUUAGACCAAAUCGACAAACAUAUUAUAUUUUAUUAGUAUUAUGUCUUAUAUUAGUUUUUGCUAUUAUUCUUGUACCGAUAAUGUAUGUUAUUUUAAUUCUUAAAUUUACUAAUUCACAAACCAAAAAAAAGAAUCAAAAAUAA